AGGCAGCACUUUAGUUGUACCUGUACAGGCUCGUCGCUGUUAAUGUAUCAUCUUCUUCCAUGUGCCGGCGCGAGCAUAACUAGGAUAUUUAUAUCAAAAUGUUCGUCGCGCAAUACACUUGGAUGUUUCCCACAUUAAAGAACGCGACGUUAAGAUUAACACAAAGAACACUCCAAAUUCAUGGAGAUCUUGAUGCUGUCAGAAUGCUGCUGCCAGUUUCUGCGAUGCACCUAUUGGAAUCUAAAAGUAUUCAUACGAUGCCUGUACACUGCACGUCUGUAAUUGAGAAUGCACGACCGAUGGAUCCUUUUGGAAACUUACUAAGAAAAACUGGUCUUGUAGACAUGCAGAAAUAUAAAAAUAUAGCAAUUGGUUAUUCUGUAUAUGAAAAUAUAUUGAAACAAAUAGAUUAUCAAUUUUUCUUUAAAUAUUUUAACAUGGCAGAUACAUUUUAUUCGUGGUUUCUGGUGACAGAACUUCAUGUAUGGAUGGCAAUGACUCGCUACAUGGCAGAAGGUAAAAAUGGAAAAUUGAUUAGAAAUAAUAUAGUAUCAGCAAUGUGGGAAGAUACAAAUGCCAGGAUAGAAAACCUUGGCAAUAUCAGCGGUAAACUUAAGCACAAACAAAUCAAAGAUUUAUCGGAUCAAUUCAAUGCCGCUAUAAUAGGUUACGAUGAAGGUAUACUAUCUGACGACAAAGUAUUGGCAGGAGCACUGUGGAGGAGAUUCUUCAAUUUUGAAGGCCACAAUCCAGAACAUGUUGAAACGCUUAUUAUUUAUAUUAGAAAACAGAUUUGUUUAUUUGACAACUUACCAUCUCAUGAAAUUUUAAUUAAAAAUGUUAAAAACCCUGCUUUUAAAUUGAUAGACAUAAAAGAUUUAUGUAAGCAUCAAUAAUUGUCAAAAUUGAAAUAUAAAGACGCAAAAUUCGAUAAUUGUUAUAGUUCAUAAAUAUAAUUUAUAGAUAAAGAAUGUUGAAAUAUAUAUUUGUAAUUAGAAAAAUAUAAUAAUAUGAAAAGUCGUAUAAAAUGUAGUAGGUAAUAAAUGUAGAAAAUUUUUGAAAUUUUUA